GCCGCCGGUGCACCGAGCUGUCCAAGAUCUCCGGGAGCCCGGGGGGAAGAUGUCUGUGAGGAGUCCGCUACCACAAACCAGGAGCUAACAACUGCUUGAAUCUCCUCCGGUGGAUGUUGAGUAUUAAACUUUUCCUCCGGACGGUUGUCGGUGCGCUGCAGGGAUAAAAAAAACAACCCAAAAAACCCCUGGAGAGACGGCAGGUGUCCUCUCACUUCAAUCAGCUCUUCUCCCCUCUCUCCAUCUGCCCCGCUGGACUGUAGCGCGACUGGGGCUUUCUUUUCCUUUCUUUCUUUCUUUUUUUAAUUUAUUUUUUAGCUUUUUUUAUUGCUUUACGAAGCUGGACUUGUCUUUUCUGAGCCAUGUUGUGGACAAGGUGGCUCGUCCUGCUGCUCUGCUGGGGGGGCACAAGCGGCGAGCAGCAGGCCGAUAAGAGGGACGGGUUGCCGUCUGCGGUGCGGGCGGACUCCCGCAGACAGCGGUCUCCUCCGCCGGUGGAGCCGCUGGACUUUGGUUUUGUACCGUCAGCUGUUUAUGAUACCCACGCUUACUACGAGCCAGGAGCCGUGGGCAUCCUCUUCCACAUGGUCCACGCUUUUCUCUAUGUCAUUCAACCCAACUCCUUUCCCAAAGAUCUGAUUGUUAGAGUCAUUCAGCAAAACAUGGGAGGAAUCAAAAUAGAAGAAUGGAGAAAGCCAGAAAACGUCGUCCUUUUGCUACAGUGGAUCCACUACGAGGCUGGAUUCCUCAUAUGUGGGUUAAUCGGUAUCAUCUUCGUGGUCAUCGUCCCCGUCAUAGGCCUGCUGUUCUGUGUGUGUCGAUGCUGUGAGAAUUGCGGAGGGGAGAUGCACCAGAGGCAGAGGAAGAACGCCGACUGCCAGCGAGGGUUUUACACCGCCUCACUCGUCGCCACUACCAUCUUCAUCAUUGUGGGAGUGCUCAUUUCCUAUGCUGCGAACCACAACAUCAGCGCCCAGAUCAAGAGCACUCGUCGGCUCAUCAAUACCAACAUGAGAGACCUGAAGACAUUUGCUAACAACACGCCUGCGCAAAUCGAUUACUUGACAGCGCAGUACACAACAGCAAAGAACAAAGUCCUGUCAGAUCUCGACAACAUUGGACCUUUACUGGGUGGGAGGAUUCACAGUCAGCUGGAGAAAGAGGUGGUUCCCUCGCUGGACACUGCCCUGCGUAUGGCAGGAGCUAUGCGGGAGACUAAGGAGGCCCUGGAGAAUGUCAGCUCCUCUUUGGAGGUGCUUCAGGAGGGGACAGGGAAACUUCAGAGCAGUCUGUCUGGAGAGCGUGCCUCUCUGUCCAACACCCUGUCCGACCCCGCCUGCACCAACGGAGCCGUGUCUCACACCUGCAACACCAUCCGCUCCACGCUAUCCCAACUGGGAAUCAACGCCGACUAUUCCGGGCUUCCAAGUGUCAGUCAUGCUCUGGCUAAUGUCGACACCAUCCUGAAAACAGACCUCAGUAAUGUUGUACAAAAGGGUUACACAUCGUUUAAUGAUACACCAAGACUGGUGAAAGAGCAAACCAAAAAUAUUGUCUCAGGAGUAAAAGGGAUGCUGGAUAAGAUCAGUGCAGAGAUCAGCGGUUUCUCCAAGAUGUUCCCUGUGGAAGCAUCUCUGGCCAAUUUCACCAUUUUCCUUAACCAAGGACAGAAGAACAUUGAGGCCUAUUACCCACAGAUCGACCAAAUGGAUUUCUACAGGUGGAUCGGCUGUGUGGCGGUGCUCUGCGGGGUUGUCCUCAUCCUGGCCUUCAACUUCCUGGGUCUGCUGUGUGGCACCUGUGGCUACGACAAGCAGGCCACACCCACAACCCGAGGCUGCCUGUCAAACACUGGAGGAAACCUGCUCAUGGCCGGGGUGGGCUUCUCCUUCAUCUUCGUUUGGAUGCUGAUGGCCAUCGUGACCACAUUUUUUGUUGUUGGUGGCAACGUGGAGAAGAUGGUGUGUGAACCGCUGGCUAACCGACAGCUAUUCAAGAUCAUAGACACACCAUACUUGGUCCAUCCUGCCAAGAAGAACUUCCUUCCUGGGAUGCUGUUUCAGAAUCCGAACAUUGACUUGACUUUGGGAAGCAUGUACAGGGAUUGCUAUCAGAACAACGGUCUUUAUCACGCUCUGCAGCUGGAAACUAUGUUCAACAUCAACUCCUUCCUCAACAGAACUUCAUACAACAAAGAUCUGGCCAAAGUGUUUGAGAGUGUGCAGGUUGACCUGCAGGACAUCACACUGCUGGAGCAGGCGGGCAGAGAUAACCUCAUCAACUUUGCAAACUCUGGAGUUGGACAGAUCGACUAUGACGCGUUCAUGGCAGAGGUAAAUAAAGGAGUCACAAUUGUGGAUCUUCUGACCUUCUCUACUGACCUUGAGGCUCAGGCUGACCAGCUGCCUCGUGGUGCUCUGGAGAACGCACUGAAAGGACAUGCCAGCAGUAUCAGACAGAUUCACAGAGAUCAGGUGGUUCCCAUGGAGCAAGCAAUGAGUACCCUGAGCCAGAGUAUCAGACUGCUGCAGAGAACUUCCAACGACCUACCGGUCAAGGUCACAAAUAUCCUGAGUGCCAUUGAUGCAGCAGAGUACCUCAUCACUCAUAAUGCCUCCCAUGUGGUGAAGCAGGAAACAAAAAACUAUGUACAGACGUUGGUGGGAUACUUCAAACAAUACACAGCAUGGGUUAAAAACUCUUUGACUGCAGAAGUGGCCCAGUGUAAACCAAUCAGUAACAUUGUGGACAGCAUGGAGAUAGUAGCCUGCAGCUUCAUAGUCGAUUCAGUGAACGUAUUCUGGUUUGGACUGGGAGGCUGCUGUGUCCUCCUGAUCCCCAGUAUGAUCUUCUCCACCAAACUGGCCAAAUAUUACAGACGGAUGGACACAGAGGAUGUCUUUGAAGAUAUGGGUAAUACAGGUAACCAUGGUGAACAAGUGUGCGAUAUCCAUGGAAACCUUGCACUGGUCAGCUCCCCCUAUUCUGACACUCUGUCCCGGUUCCCUCGAGCGUCUGCUCCCCCGAGUUACUCCGACUGGUGACCAAAGGAGCGUUCUCCCUGCCAUGAGCGGACAAGAGAACUGGAACUGACCUUCCCUUCAUGGGCUCUCCAGCUUUCCCAUUCAGAUCAUAUAACACUUCCAAAGAGAAAAAAAAGGGAAGAAAAACAACAAUCAGGAACUGUGUGGUGAGGGCGUCCCCACCCCCCAGUGCCCCUCGAGCCAUUCGACAAGGACCUCUGCUGCCAGCCAACUGUAAUUUAUCAAGUUUUCUCUCAUCCAAUCACAGCAGUCCGUCUAGUGCGUCACACUGUACAUUAUCACCUGUCCGAACAUCGUACCCGCUUAGCUAGUUUAUCUUGUAGACGAUGAAUUUGUACUUUAUCAGUUUUAACACGGUGACACAAGUGUACAUUUUUUACACUUUCAAAACUUUUGAAAGUUUUAUAUAUUUUUGUUAAUGUUUUGUUUUAUAACAUGUAAGUAGCUUUUUGUAGAGGUAGUGAUUUUAUUUGUUAAUAUUCGGGACGUAGCGUGCAUCAUUUUGGCUAAACAGGUUGCAUUGACCAGGUGGAAGUUAGAGGGAUCGCUUGACAUUUUGAGAAAUAUGCUUAAAUUAGCUUUUUUUUUUUAAGAGAUUUAGAUAAAAAAAGAUUGAUACCUCUCUCAUAUCUGUACACUAAAUAUGAAGCUAAUGCCAGCAGCUGUAAGCAUAAAGACUAGAAACGAGGAAACAGCUAGCUUAACUCUGUCUAAUGAUAACAAAAUUUGCCUAUCAGCAUUUCAAAAGCUCACAAAUUAAUAUGUAAUAUUUUCUUAAUCAGUACAAAAAAGUGCAAAACGACUUCUUGUACAAAUCAAUCAAAGAUGUAACAUGCUAAUUAGCAAGCUUUAGAGGGGUUAGCAUUUGCCAGAACCAGGCUAGCUGUUUCCAGUCUUUAGGUUAAGCUAAGCUAACCGUCUUUAGCUUCACAUUUAACAGACAGAUAUGAUCGUGACGCUCGCGUACGGAUAUUUCCCAAAAUGUCAAACUGUUUCUUUUAAAACUAAAUGAGGAAACAUAGUGUAAUUUAACUUUUUUUUUUACUUUACUACUUGUUUAAAAUAUUCAAAUCCUUAAGAAAAAAAGAGAUCCAGAUUUUUAUCCUGGUCCAUGCUACUACAAAAGGCAAAGUUAGUAGAAAUAAACUACAAAGAAACGCAAAUACACAUUUCUGUAACACAGUUUUUAAAGGACCAGUGUGUAAGAUUUAGUGGCAACUUGAUGUGAGGCUGCAGAUUACAACGGAGUGAAAACCCCUCGCCCUCUCUUUAAAGCAUGUAGGAGAACCAACAGGAAGCCCCUCUCUAGAGCCAGAGUUUGGUUUGUCCAUUCUGGGCUACUGUAGAAACAUGGAGGGCUCCAUGGAAGAGGAUCCAACCCCCUAUGUAGAUAUAAAGGUCUCAUUCUAAGGCGCCAAAAACACAUCAGUUCUUAUUCUCAGGUGAUUAAAAACUAAACUAAAACUUACUUAUGAAUAUUAUAGUUAAUUUCUGUGAAGUCCAUUCUGCUUUAGCCACUAAAUUCUUUGCACUGCACCUUUAAGACAGCUAACAAACAAAAUAUUGUGUCUUUAGGCAUCUCUCGCCUGUCCAUUAGUGAGGGCCUAGUUGCUUGUGUGUUGCCAGCCAGAGGUUUCUUUUUUUUCCCUGCCAUCCUGUGGUUUGAGAAAUAAAACUCCCAGAAGCCUCUUUGGGUUGUCAGAGGCCAAAAAACUGAGGAACACAAACAAACAAACAAAACACAUCCAGUGUGAGUUUGUGGUGACAUCUGUGAAUAAAAACUUGAGUCCA